AUGUCCGACUCGCUCGCCAUCGCCGCGCCCGCCGACUUCCAUGUCCACCUGCGCCAGGGCGAGUUUGCUGCCUUCCUUGCCCCCCAUGUCCGCAAAGGAGGCUUCAGGCUCGCUUAUGUCAUGCCUAACCUCAGACCACCCAUCUCCAACACCGAGGAGGCUCUCCUCUACAGGGCGCAGCUGCAGGCCGCAGACCCUACUAUUGACUACUUGAUGACUCUGUACCUAUCUCCGGAGCUCACGCCCGACGAGAUACGGAAAGCAAAACGCGCAGGCGUAGUUGGUGUCAAGUCCUACCCUCGUGGCGUGACAACCAAUUCCGAUGGUGGUAUUGAGUCAUAUGAGGCCUACUACCCCGUGUUUGAGGCAAUGGAGCAGGAGGACAUGGUCCUCAACCUCCAUGGCGAGGUCCCGUCGGACGCGUCCACCAACAUCUGCCACGCGACAACACGCGCUGCUGUCGAGUGUGUCAAGGGCCUGGGCGACACUGUUGCUUGCACCGUCACCGCACACCACCUCGCGCUGACUGUCGAUGAUUGGGCCGGUCAGUCGUGGCACUUCUGCAAGCCCGUUGCGAAAUACCCCGACGAUAGGCAGGCGCUCCAGGACGUUAUCAAAGAAGGGCAUCCCCGUUUCUUCCUAGGUUCAGAUUCGGCACCACAUCCCCCGCACACAAAAUCCACGGCCUCACCUCUGCACGCGUGUGCAGCGGGCGUAUACACCUCAGCUAUCCUUCUCCCCCUUGUUGCCCAUCUUCUCGACUCGUUUGGCGCGCUCGGCCGCCUCGAGGGAUUUGUGAGCACCUAUGGGCGGGCUUUCUACCGCGUGCCCGUCUCCCAGAGUGAGGGCAAGGUGGUCAUUAGGCGCGUGUUCGGUAGGUUGGUUGAAGAGCAGCUAGUACAAGGCGAGCAGAGCGUCGUGCCCUUCUGGGCAGGGAAACCGAUCGGAUGGGAAAUUGUCGAGUCGUGAGGCGUACAGAAUUAACGGAAGAUCACAGCAUUCGUUUAUCAAUACGACGCCAUGUGUAUGAGGGGCCAAUUACAUCGUCAAGUGUGCCUAAUUCGCGGCCGUCCCCUCCGUCGGAUGAGGGUGUACAUACGUCACAUCUCAUGCUAGGUGCGAGACGAUGGUUUCUGUGCGACUAGCUGGCGCUGUUCAGAUUGACUGGUAACGAUUUCAGACGUCCAGGAGUAGUAAAGUGUCUUGGGUGCGUCAUACUUUGGUUCCUUGGUACGGUCUUUUGAACAGGAAUCUUGACCUCAAAUCAUCAAUCACUCUGAAUCCGGAUUAGUCUCGCCGCAAGACCCUCCACGUGAGGGUUUCGUGU